GUAGAUAAUAAAAUUCGACCGUUACACAUCCAUAGUUCAAAUUUUUACUCGUCAUUCAAACCAAGAAGGCUCGUAUACUGUAUAAGCAGUGUUAACAAAAUAUAGAAGAAAAAUCAAGAAAUAAACCAAAAAUGAGAGAAAUAGAACAAGAAGAUCCACAAUUGAUGGAAGAAGUGGAUCAUGAAGAGCAGAUAUUGCAGAAUCUAAGAUCCAAAGCUACAGAAUUUCUUCUAAGGGAAGAAUAUGAAGAAUCUAUUCAAGCCAGUUCUCAAUUCAUUACUCUCUGCCAAGAUCACAUUUACAAGAAUUCACCCCAUUUUGAUUCAGACCACUUCUUGAAGCUCCAAAAAUCCAUCUGUUUGGCUUUCUCGAACAGAGCCGAGGCCAGAUUCCGGCUAAAGGAAUUCUCGGCAGCGUUGGAGGAUUGUGAUGAAGCGCUGAGAAUUGAAAGCACUCAUUUCAAGACUCUACUUUGCAAGGGGAAGAUUUUGCUGAAUUUGAAUAAGUACGGUGUGGCAUUGGAGUGUUUCAAUGCUGCAAAUCUGGAUCCUCAGGCUAAUAAGAAUUCUGAAACCCUAAAUGGGUACUUGGAAAAAUGCAAGAAACUCGAGUUUCUUUCGAGAACUGGUGGAUUCGAUGUGUCAGAUUGGAUUCUGAGUGGUUUUCGCGAAAACGCCCCGGACUUAGCAGAGUAUGUGGGUGCAGUGGACAUCAAGAAGUCUGAUAUAAGCGGUCGAGGCCUAUUCGCAACGAAGAACAUUGACAGUGGGACUUUGUUACUGGUCACCAAGGCUAUUGCGAUUGAUAGGGCUAUAUUUCCCCAAGAUUCAGGUGAAAAUGUGCAAUUAGUCAUUUGGAAGAAUUUCAUUGAUAAAGUGGUUAACUCAGCCACAAAAUGCAGAAGAAUUAAUAGUUUGAUUUCAAAAUUAUCGACUGGCGAAAAUGAGGAUAGUAUGGAAGUUCCCAAGAUAAGUCUGUUUAGGCCUGGAGCAUAUGAUAAUUGCAGCUUUUCUUCUGAAAGUGAGAAAGAAAAAUGUUACCCAUCAAUCUCAAAAGAUGAGGCAACUCAUUCAUCUUAA